GCUGUGCAUUUAUUAACAUGAAAUUGCAGGACCAAAGUCCCACUCAUGUUUAAACCUGGAAGGACCUGCACAUAUUUAGCUCUUUGGCAAAGGGGACAUAUUGGAAAGCAAUACGUUGGAGCUGGAAAAGGAAUAAAAAUGCGUUGGCCCUGGGUCUGGAUGACCCUCUGCUCCCUGUGUCCUGCUGUGGUUAAUUGUGGGAAAGUUCUUGUUUAUCCGAUGGACGGGAGCCACUGGGUGAACAUGAAGAUCAUUAUUGAGGAACUGCAUUCAAGGGGCCACCAGAUUUCUGUUGUGCGGUCACCAGACAACUGGUACAUCAAGGAAACCUCCCCAUUCUACACUUCAAUUACAGUCGAUGCAGAGUCUGGAUUUGACGAAAAAUUCUUAACUGACUUUGUGGCCGAGUUGCUGAAAAUUCAGAGGGAAGGGAAGUCUCUCUGGAUGCGUUUAAAACUUGAAAUGGAAACAGCAGAAAAGGCCCUUCAGAUGCAUAAUAACACAUGCAAAAUGCUUGAGGUACUUUUUGAAAACAAAGCUCUGAUUCAGUCACUACAGGAUGCCAAAUAUGACCUUGUCCUUACGGACCCUGUCACACCAGGGGGUCCUAUUCUUGCCCACUACCUUGGUUUGCCUCUUGUUUACAAUGUCAGGUGGACCAGUCACGGUGAAGGCCAUUUCUCAAUUGCGCCUUCUCCUCUGUCGUAUAUUCCACUGACAGGGACCGAGCUUUCAGAUAAAAUGAGCUUUUUUGAGAGACUUCUGAAUGUAAUAGUUUAUGGCAUCAAUGAAUAUCAAAUUGCACAGUAUGUCGUACCAAAUUAUGCUGGCUUCAUUGAAAAAUAUCUGGGUCCAGACAUAGACUACUUCUCUCUGUUUCAAGCCGCAGACCUGUGGCUCAUGAGAGUGGACUUUGUGUUUGAGUUUCCUCGUCCCACCAUGCCUAAUGUUAUCUACAUGGGAGGGUUCCAGUGUAAACCCGCAAAACCUCUUCCACAACACCUAGAGGAGUUUGUGCAGAGUUCUGGCGAGCAUGGCGUCAUCGUCAUGUCUCUGGGAACUUUGAUUGCAGACCUUCCUCAUGACCUAGCUGUUGAGAUCGCUGCAGCUUUUGCCAAAUUGCCUCAGAAAGUCAUCUGGAGAUAUAAAGGUGAGAGACCAGCCAGUCUGGGCAACAACACAUUACUCGUAGACUGGAUGCCACAGAAUGAUCUUUUAGGACAUCCAAAGAUAAAACUGUUUGUCGCUCAUGGAGGGACAAACGGCGUUCAAGAAGCAAUCUACCACGGAGUUCCUAUCCUUGGACUGCCACUGAUUUUUGAUCAGCAUGAUAAUCUGCUUAGAAUUGGAGCAAGAGGUGCAGGGAAGAUUAUCGAUAUUUUUACUAUGAAUGGAGACAUCUUCUUUCAGGGAAUUCAGGAAGUCUUGAAUGAGCCCUCGUACAGGAUGAACAUGCAGAGACUGUCCAGGCUGCACAGAGACACACCAAUGAAGCCGCUGGAUACCGCCAUCUUCUGGAUAGAGUUCGUCAUGAGACACAAAGGUGCAGCUCACCUGAGGACAGAGUCCUACAGACUGCCCUGGUAUUCCUACCACUCUGUGGAUGUGAUUCUAUUCUUAGUUGGAGUUGUGCUGAUUAUUCUAGCCACGUUUGCUGCCUUGAUACGGUGCUUAUGCUCCAUGUGUGUGAGAAAAAAAAGUAAACGUGAUUAAAAAGAAAAAGCAAUCAAAAUGAAAUGCAAACCAUACAUUUGCUGUGAAAAAAUCCCUUCAAUAUGUAAAACCUGGAAAUGUUACCGUGCCUAUUGUCUUGCCUACAACAUAAUUUAAUGCUUUGUAAUUGAUUUUAUCAACAAAAAAGAACGAUGUUCAAUUUGAUUCCUCUGAAUUAUCUGUUAUUUCAGAAAUCCAAUACUUUGGAUGAAUUAACGUGUAAUAACUUCAUUUGUCAUUCAGAUCACAUAUUCUAUACAUAUCUUUGAAUAUGUGACCCCAAGAUGUUUGUAAUCUCUGACCCAAUCACCAGAAUAAAUAUAUAACAGCACAGAUAUAUGGACAUUUAUUACCAAUGACAUGACAAUAUGACAAUAUGUCAACAUGACAUGUUUUUCAAAAGUUGCCACAAACAUUGCUUUUGGUAUUCAGACAGCAGUAUUUGUGGCAACAUAAUCAGACAAGAAAUUGUCUUUUUCUAACUCAUUCCAAGAGUGUUUUGUGCCUAAUCCUAACCAUUAUGUUGUUCACAAACCCGUGGCAAACCCGCUUAGAAAUUGUCAUUACGUCACCAUCUCCUCUCCCUCCAACUAACAUGAAAACUAGCUCAUACACAUAUAAUCAUAUAAAUACAAAUAAUCUAAAAGAUUGUCAAUCUGGUUUGUCAUUUUUAAUAGCCCACAGUGGAAAUAACAUACGCUUAUUUCUUUGCUCUUUUCUGUUUUAUUUAGAAUAUUCAAAUUCAGUCGCACACUGUAGCACAAUAUAUUAAACAUUAUAUUUCAAAUUAUUUGCUUAAUGUUGCACAAUAUUGAAGAAUUCUCUCAUGUCAUCCAAACCAAGGGUAAACUCGUUUGGAUCUAAUAUCUAUCUAUUAUAUCUAUUUUAACACACACACACACAGAUGGCAGUGAUAGUCAGGGCCCAUUUGUUAAGAUCUCAAUCUUGAUUGGUUUUUUUAAUUUUAUUUAUACAACACAUAAAAUUACAUCAGUUUCAGAGUUGAUCUGAUGAUGCCAAGAUUUCAUUCAAAAGUCAAGUAAUUUGAAAUGUUUGAUCAUCAAAAUAUUUCAGUGUUUCAGAUAUAUAUUGAGGUGUUGAAUGCUGGAAUUCUAGGAAUUACUUAAACAAUAAACUAAAGCACUUUAAAUAAAAUAUAUUCACAUGGUUAUGAACACUAUUCAUGGAUACAGUAUUGCUAAUUCCCUCUAGCUAAGAAUAGAGACCAGUUUUACUUUUGAUAACUUUCCUCUUAUAAUGUAUGAAGAAACACCUGAUAGAGAGAGUACAUGUCUGUGGUGACUGCAGCAUGUCAUAAAAUGUGCAAAAUAGUUAUAACACACUUAGAGUCGAAUUCAUUA